GGUAGCGCCAGACGGAUCCACUCCGCGCGGAGGUGCGCACGCGUCGAAAAAACGCGGCAAAAAUACUCUCGAUUUCAAACAACUGGUUUAUCCGCGAUUCAAAAUCAAUAAACGCACUUUGUUUACGUUGUGGCAGACGUAGAGUGGUCCAAAAGUAGCUAUGAUCUAAUCGUUCGGAAUUUGUGAUAAUUAGUGAUUAAAGGUCAUCCUUGGGUUGUAUAAGUGUAGCCAACUAGCCAUGGGUGUAGUGAAGAGCAAGGUGUCUCGCAUGUGCCCGCCGCGGUGCUGCGGCCGGGCGGAGUCCUACGAUCUGCGGGAGCUCCCGCGGCCGCCGAGGCUGGACGUCUCCAACCUUUCCAGCGAUGUGACUGAUGGCACCAGACUGGGCGUGCUGUCCGUCCAGGGCAUCGACUUCUGCAACGACACGAAUGGGGAGAACCAUCACACGAGCAAGUUCAACCUGAUGUCUAGGCCCGUGGACCGCUGCCUCGUGGUGCGGCGGGGACAGGCCUUCAAACUCGAUCUGCUCCUCAACCGGCCCUAUGAUGCCUCUAGGGACGCACUGUCCUUUAUUUUCUACGUGUCCGAUGUGGAGAAGCGAGGACCAUCAGACGACACAUCAGCCGCAGUCCCACUGCUGGACAAAGGCUCAGAGAUGCCCGGAGCAUGGACGGCGGUGUACGAAGGCCAAAUGGACUCCCAUCUGAUGGUAGCCGUCACGGCUUCCGCGAACUGCAUCAUCGCUUCUUGGAGGCUCGACAUUGAUACCAAGCUCAAGACUGGAGGGUCCCUGAGCUAUACUCAUCCACAACCCAUUUACGUGCUCUUUAAUCCUUGGUGCUUGAAUGAUCAGGUUUAUAUGCCAGGACAUAGUCAUCGUGAAGAAUAUGUUCAAGAAGACGGUGGUCUCAUGUAUCGAGGCGUAUACAACAGAAUAAAACCAACGCCAUGGAACUACGCUCAGUACGAGAAAGACAUUCUGGACUGCGCUCUUUAUCUAGUCAGAGAAAUUGGAAAGGUGAAAGGUCGCGCCCGCAGCGACCCCAUCCGGACAGUACGGGCGUUGUCCGCUGCCAUCAACGUGCAGGACGACAACGGCGUGCUCAUCGGCAACUGGGGCGCUGAGCUCAGCGACUACGAUGGAGGAACGCACCCGCUUAAGUGGGUCGGCUCCUUGGCUAUCCUGCAGAAGUAUUAUGCUAAGAAAAAACCUGUCAAAUACGCGCAGUGCUGGGUUUACGCAGGAGUUUUGACCACAAUUUGCAGAGCGCUUGGUAUCCCCUGCCGGCCAGUGACCGGGUAUGAUGCCGCCCACGACAGCCAGGGCAGCCUGACAGUCGACGUCAUCAAGGACGAAGACGGGAACACGCUCGACCACUUCACGGAAGACUCUAUUUGGAACUACCAUGUUUGGAACGAGGUAUGGAUGGAGCGACCCGACCUAGGUCCUGAGUACGGCGGAUGGCAAGCCAUCGACUCGACGCCACAAGAAAUGUCCGAAGACCUCUUCCGCUGCGGACCGGCCUCCAUUCGCGCCGUUCGCGACGCCGACAUACAGAAACCGUAUGACGCGGCAUACGUUUUCGCGCAAGUUAAUGCUGAUAAGGUAUUAUGGAAAUAUUCGGGAGAAAUCCAGCCUCUCAAGCUACUGGCUCGGGACACAACUUCUGUUGGACAGACUAUAUCUACUAAAGCCAUUGGAAAGAUGGACCGAGAGGACAUAACUGACUCCUACAAAUAUCCGGAGCGCACGUGGGAGGAGCGAGCGACGAUGGAGAAGGCUCUACGUCGGUCGUCCAACAUCUUUGCACGAUACUACCUCAACGACGCCUUCAACGAUGUCGUGUUUGACUUCGAGCUGAGAGAUGAUAUCAAGAUCGGGCAGGAUUUUGGUGUCAUUCUACACAUGAACAACCGUUCGUUAGAGAACAAGCACCAAGUGAAAGGUGUGAUGCGAGUGGACACCGUGACGUACACGGGCAAGUCUGGCGAGUCUGUCAAACGACACGAGUUUGACACGACGCUAGCACCCGAGGCCAAAGAGAAGAUCACUAUGCUGGUCACCUUCGACGAGUAUUAUAAGCGACUGGUGGAUCAGGCAUCCUUCAACAUCGCUUGCCUCGCCUCAAUAGUGGACAAGAACUUCGACUACUUCGCCCAAGAUGAUUUCCGAGUCCGUAACCCUGACAUUAAGAUUACCGUGGAAGGCAAACCCGUGUCACACAAGGAGUUCACUGUUACUGUCAAGCUGGAGAAUCCACUGCCUAUUCCAUUGAAGAACGGGAAGUUCUACAUCCAGGGACCGGGGUUGGAUGAGCAGCUUAAGAUCUCUCUUGAUGAGAACGUACCCCCCGGCGAGUUCGCUACCGCGCAGUUCAAGCUGACCCCACCCUGGGCCGGACGCCACCAGAUCUCAGCUAAGUUCACCUCCAAGGAGAUCCACGACAUCGACGGCUUUCUCAUCCUCAUGGUCGCACCACCGGAGACUAACGGAUACUCAGAAACAAAUGGUUUAUAAUACGAUAUUUGUUUGGACUCUGAUGUGCCAUUGCAAUAACUUUCGAAUAUGAAAAUAUUAUCUACUUUAUGCACUAUGUAGUCUGUGUACAGUCGUCUGCAAUAAUAUGUUACACAACUAAAGACGAAAAAUUAUGUGACAAGCUUUUAUGGGUCCACAAAUAAGAGUCUCAGAAAUUUUUGCGACCUUCAUUGUCCCAUUUUAUUUGCGGUGACUGUAUACAGUGUACACUUGUACAGUCAGGACCUUCGUUAGGUAUCUAGUAGAUAAUCAAUCUGAAAUGUAGUAGCUAUAGUUACAGGUUCCUUGGUUGUUCAGCCAAUAAGAGCUUUUAGGGCGUUUUAGCUAAAUUGGAUAUUCUUUACUGUAAGUAUUGAGCAACCUAGCAACCAACUUAGGACGUUAACGUUAAA